GCCAAGGUUACAGGCAGCACCUUGAACGGCAAGAAAGAGAAAAUGCAGGCUGAAGAAGGUGAUAAGGAGAAAUGGGAUUUUUUGAGUUUUGCUGAGACCUGGACCCCAAAUGAAAGUCUAGAAGAUCCCAAAAAUGAGCUUUUAUUUACACAUUUUGAAAAGGAAAGACAGCAUGACAUACGUUCUUUCUUUUCCCCAAAACCCUCCACUGAGAAGAAACGCAAAAUAUUUUCUAGUGAUGAGUCGUUACAUAAUGAUUCAGAAUCUCCUGAAGUCGCGAAAGAAGAGGAUGCAGAGCAGAGCAACGAAGACAUGGAUUGCACAAGAAUAAGUGAUGUGGAUACAAUUUGUGGUGAAAGUUCCUGUGAACGUGAAGCUAAAAGAGCAAGAAGCACAAGUGAAUCUACUCCAGUCAGCUCCAGGAAGAAAAUGAAAAAGUCUUUGAGUGGAAAAAAGCCCUCUUUGUCUUCAGAGAGAAACAAUGAAGUCCUUCCUUGUGGCUUAAGUGCUUCAAGCAAAAGUAUGGCUUUAAAUAAAGUUUGGCACUGUAGUGUUUGCACUUAUGGUAACAAUGAAUUGCUCCCUUACUGUGAAAUGUGCAGUUGCCCUCAAAGCAAUAGUGUUGAGAGAAAUUGUGAAGCCCCUGCUAGCCAGACUGAGGAAGAUGUGUCAAAGGACUUCAGAAGAACCGAAGAGAAAGCAGUAUGCAAUGCUGAAGAUGGAAGAGAAGAUUUUGGAGAAACAGUGACCCAGCAGUCUGUUGAAAUCAGCAAACAGCAAACUGUUGAAAUUGAAAAUGAAGAGAGUGAAAAAAAGUGUGGAGAAGGAGAUGUAGAUAAAUCAGACACAUUUCCAAUAUAUGAUGGGCUUAUGUUUUGUGCAAGCAGGAAUACUGAUAGAAUUCACCUCUAUACAAAGGAUGGUGAACCACUGAAUCAUAAUUUCAUUCCGUUAGACAUACAGCUGGAUAACUGGGAGGAUUUACCAGAGACUUUCCAGCAUAAACAGAAUCGUUCAUUGAUACUGAGGUUUGUGAAAGAAUGGGGUCAUCUCACAGCAAUGAAACAGAAGAUUGUCAGAAAAAGUGGUCAGAUAUUUUGUAGUCCUAUUCAUGCUGCAGAGGAGUUGUCUAAAAAGCAGUCAGUUGUCAGCAGCACAAAAAGGUAUGUGACCAAAGAGGACGUCGCAGCAGCUUCCCUGAGCAAGGCCAGCAGCAGCGGGGGCAGCGUGCGCCUCAUCUCCAAAGACAGUGGGGUUUGUCUGAAGAAGGAAAAUGCUUCUGGUGAACAAUGGGCUCAUUCCACAAAGGUGCUUUCAGAAAAUGGGAAAGGCCCAUCAGUUCUUCCUGCAGAGCAGCCUGAAGCUGAAGGCUCCCCCCUCCCCAAAGGCUAUUUGCAAGCCUUGGACAGCCAAGGGAACCCGCUGUGUCUCAGCUGUCAACAGCCAACAGCUCAGCCUGACCCAGGCUGCCAGGCCCGCGCUUGGGACACGCGGUUCUGCUCCCACACCUGCCAGGAGGACUUCUCGAUUCGCUCUAGUCAGAGCUACCUUAGGACUAAAGUGUUUGAAAUCGAACACGGUGUUUGCCAGUUCUGUAAUCAAAACGCUCAGGAGCUUUAUCUCAGCGUCAGGGAUGCGCCCAAGAGCCAGCGUAAGAAACUUCUGGAGGCUUCUUGGAUGUCUCACCUUCCACUUGGGCAGCUGAAUGAAAUUAUAACAAACCCAACAGAAGGCCAGUUCUGGCAGGUGGACCAUAUCAAGCCUGUUUACAGUGGAGGAGGACAGUGCUCCCUGGAAAACCUUCAGACUCUGUGUACGAUCUGCCACAGAGAGAGGACUGCAAAACAGGCCAAGGAAAGAAGCCAGAUGAAGAGACGUUCUUUAGCGACAAAGUAUGGCUGUGACAUCACAAAAUUUUUUGUCAAGAUGUAA